AUGUUAAACUCUACUUUCUGGCUGUUGCUUAUAUCAUUGUUUUCAUUAGGAUAUUCUGCUAAUAUUACCUACUUUCCUGAAAUUUUAGAUAAAUUCCGAACAGACGAGAGCAGAGUACUCACCAUAACAAUUCGAGAGACAGAAGAAGCUGAACUAUACGAUGGGGCGAGAAGUCUACAAGUACGAUGUGGAGAUGACUUUCUGUGUAAGAUUGAAGACGCUCCUUCAGAAAUAGCGCUAACUAAAGAUAAUCAAUAUCAGACAACUUUCAAUAUUACCAUAAAAGGUACUUUCCUUGGUGUCACUCAACUACAAGUAAAGAUGAAUGCUGAAUCUCUGCAACCCUAUGAUUUACGAAUUUUACGUUCAAAUUCAGGACAUAAACUACAAUUGGCAUUCACCAUUUUCAUUUCAAUUUUUGUCGUUGUUAUAUCUUUAAUGAUGGGGACACAACUCGAGAGCGAACGAAUCACUAACAUAGUGAAAGCGCCGAUUGGACCAGUAAUUGGAUUUCUCUGUCAGUUUGGCCUAAUGCCAACGAUUGGAUAUCUCUUGGCUGAAUAUUGUCUUCCUCAUGAUAAUAUUUCGAUCAAACUGGCUUUGUUCGCUGUUUCAACAUGUCCAGGUGGCGGAAAAAGUUCUUUUUGGACGAUUAUUUUUGGAGGGAACUUAGAUUUAUCGAUUUCCAUGACAUUCACUCAAACUAUCGCAGCUUUAAUUAUGAUGCCAAUAUGGAUGUCAACUCUUGGACACCAGUUCACAGAUAAGAAUAUUACGAUCCCCUUCGCCAGGAUUGUUCAGGGCUUAAUUGGCAUCAUGAUUCCCACCAUUGCGGGAAUGAUCUUCCGAUAUUAUAAACCUCAUCUUACUGAAAUCAUACACAAAUGGAUCAAAAGAUGCUCUUGGAUGGCAAUGAUAGUCAUAUCAUUCUUCGCUAUCUAUACUAAUUGGUAUAUGAUCUACUUAUUAACUUGGCCUAUUGUUUUGUGUGGAUGUGCUUUGCCAUGGCUCGGAUACAUCACGGCUUUCUCAUUUGCUGCAAUCUUUCGGCAAUCUUUCAAAGAUUGUGUAACAAUCGCAAUUGAAACGGGUAUUCAGAACAUUGGAAUUGCAAUGCUGCUAAUGAUGUGGUGUUUACCAGAGCCAGAGUCUGAUAUAUCGGUAACAAUUAUUUUCGUUGUCGCUAUCAUGACGGACAAACCAUUGAUGGUUAUAUGGCUCAUUGGAAAACUAAUCUCGAAAAUCCGACGAAAAGACAAAAUUGCACAGAUCAAUGUAGAAUCGGGUAUAAAGGCUUUGUCAACUGAUCUCGAAGACAAGAAGAAGACUGAAACAGAAGUCGAAGCUUGA